CUGUAUUAAACCAUCAAAGCUGCUUCACGUGACUGGAACUCAGACUCUAAGCCGUGUCAAGAAGCUGGUUAAACUGGGACUUUCGUAGGGUUUGCUUCAUAAAAAUAUAAAGCAAUGCUGUUAAAUUGAGGUGGCGGAUGAACACAAAAAUUUGAGAAGAGUGAAUAUAUUUGAGAGAGUUUCGUUGGUCAGUCAUCGUCUUGAGAUAUUGAUAAAAGUUUAUUCAUUGAUGAUGAUUGGUUGAGGUUUACAACACACGGAGUGCUGACUACUUAGGUUGACUGAUGCACUCCCCAUAAAUUUUAAAUUGGUAUUGGAGCAAGUUAAGCUCAAGUUAUCAGCUUAAAGAUCCAUCAUGGGGGACAUGGAAGAAGUAGCCAAUGUUCAACGACCUCCACUCUUGAGGGGACCAAACUAUAAUUUCUGGAUGGGGCGCAUGAAGACAUUCCUCAAAUCACGAGGAAGGGUCUCGAGGAGCAUUGAGACUGGCUGGAAGCCACCUGUGACGACAGUUGAAGGAUCAAAUGUCGGAAUUCUCAAAGCAUUUGAGGAAUACAGCAAAGACGAGGCGGCAGCAGCAGAAUGCAAUGACAAAGCACUAAACGCCUUGUUUGGUGCAGUGUAUCGCUCACAGUACAAUCUUAAAAUAAUACUCAGCCCUCAGUCAUUGUAAAACUUAAAAGCACCUUUUCUUUGUAAAAUUUAUUUUUGUUAGAAAUAUUUAUUUAAAUUGGGACAAAUUCUUUAUUAACUUAAACAUUUUAUUAUUGCAUGAGGUUAUCAAUUUAGAUUAUGAAUUUGCUACACACAGGUAAACAAAAAGAAUGAAGUGACAUAUUUCUG